GAGCCUGUGCUUUGCAAAGGGGGCGGUGCGGUGCGGUGAGCCCAGCCCUGCUGUGGGGCGGCGCCGCAGAGCGGGCCCGAGAGAUGGCGGCGGAGGAGGAAGGAGGAGAGACGCUGGAGUCGUGGCUGAAUAAAGCUACCGACCCUCUAAACACUGAAGAGAAAUGGGAAUACAUCACGGGAUUCUGCGAUCAGGUCAAUCUCGAGCUGGAGGGCCCACAGACUGCAAUUCGCCUUCUGGGUCACAAAAUCCAAUCGCCACAAGAAAAGGAGGCUCUGUAUGCUCUCACGGUGUUGGACACAUGCAUGAACAACUGUGGCAAACGGUUUCAGAAUGAAGUUGGAAAAUUUCGAUUCUUAAAUGAUCUAAUUAAAGUCUUGUCGCCAAAGUACUUGGGUUUGUGGUCCUCGGAGCAAGUAAAGUUGAAGGUGAUUGAAAUGUUGUACAGCUGGACGGUGUGGCUACCAAACGAAAUAAAAAUCCGAGAUGCAUAUCAAAUGCUGAAGAAGCAAGGUCUUAUCAAGCAGGAUCCCAAGCUACCGGAUGUGAAACUUUUGCCACCACCUUCGCCAAGAGUGAAGAGCUCGCUCUUUGAUGAUGAUGAGAAAGCAAAGCUCCUUGCAAGGCUUCUCAAAAGCAACCAUCCGGAGGACUUGCAGGCUGCCAACAGGCUGAUCAAGAAUGUCUUCAGGGAGGACGAAGAGAAAGCUGAAAAAAUCAGCAAGAGGAUUCAUGUCAUUGAAGAAGUGACGAACAGCACCAAGCUACUGAAUGAGAUGCUGAGCAUGUACCAAAGAGACGGCUUGCCCGAAAACCAGAUGGAAAUUAUGAAGAACUUGUAUCAGCGCUGUGAGAAACUGCGGCCGACUCUAUUCCGACUUGCGAGUGACACUGUGGACAAUGAUGAGGCUUUGGCAGAGAUUCUGCAAACCAACGAUUCACUGGCUCUUGCAGUCACCUCGUACAAGACGACAGUAGAGGCGGAAGAAAUCGGAGUGGCCCCGCAAAGUCCAGCCAAAAAGGAAACGGCUUCACAGCUGACUGAUUUAACUAAUCAGGAGCUGGACAUUGGAAGACCUGGAACUGACCUGGGAUUGGGCUCCGAGCACCAGUUGCCACAUUGGCUGGAUGAAGAACUGAUGUCAUUGGGUCUAAAUGAUUUCCCGUUGAUGGAGCAAGCGGUGGGAGCAGUGAAUCAGACUACUUCCCAGGAAGCAAAUUCAGAUGCGAAUGCACCAAGUGGAGGUGGGACUAGAGACUUGGAUGGCUUGGACCAAUUGGGGUCAACGUUGAUGGAACAGUUGCUUGGCCAGCAGACUCGGGCAGUACAGUGGGACCAGCCUCGUUGCAAACUCACGCUGAAGGAGCUGCAGAGCCAGGCUCUGGCUAAUCCACUUCCUCCCACUUUGGACCAAGGUUCUCCCGCUGUCUCUGCUCCGCUUGUGGCGCCAACUCCCUGCUCUCAAUACACAAUGCCGUCCCCGGGAACACCGGAGAUGAUCCAGACUUCUCCCUCCAACCUACCGCACCGGGUGUCUGUAUCACCCGCUCCACAAGAGCCCUUGGAGGGAACCGACAAACUCUCCUGGAAGACUCUGUUUGUGCCUUUGGGGAGCAUUCAGACAAGUCAUAUACCGCCUGUCACAGCCUUUGACAGAAAUGGCUUCCAGGUCCUCUUUCACUUUGCCAAAGCCUCACCCUCCAGGAGGCCAGACCUGUUGGUUGUCGUCAUUUCCCUGCUGAGCUCAUCGCCAACCCCAAUAAAAGACAUCCUUUUCCAAGCUGCUGCACCAAAGGUGAUGAGGGUGAAGCUGCAGCCUGCUUCUGGCACGGAGCUUCCUUCAUUCAAUCCCCUCCUACCACCCGCUCUCAUCUCACAGGUCAUGCUCCUCGCCAACCCUCAGAAGGAGAAGGUUCGCUUGCGUUACAAGCUGCACUACUCCUUGGCUGAACGGCCCUUCACAGAGAUUGGCGAAGUUACUGAGUUCCCAGCCGUGGAGACCUGGUGUAGUCUAUGAGGACUGAGCGAGAUUCAAGUGAAGGAGGAUGAGAGAAGACACAGCACCUACGGCGGAUUGACACCGUACCCCACAUGUCCAAGCACCAAGGAUCAUCAUCAUCUGUUUUAGUGAAGUGCGACAGAAUUCCCAUGAAUUGUAUUGGAUUCCAUUUUACGAGCAGAAACCAUUGGGAUGGUGGACAUUGGAGUUUGUAGGGUGGGACCAAAUUUUGCUAAAUUACAAUUUUUACCCCAACUUCUAUAAUAUUGCUGGUGGAACAGAAGCAUUGUCCACGUAAUUAAUGCCUAUUUAUAGUUUAUACCAACCAGCACAAGUGUCCUUGUCCUCUACAUGCCGUCAGCCCAACGGCAAUAUUAUUUUUAAUCUGUGUGGUUCAAUGUGUGAGGUAUGAUUUACUCAUGUGUUGGAGGGGACUUCAAGGUAAGAAGCCUUUUUCAACAUAUAGUUUGACGAUGGCAACAGAGCAGAAGCUUUCUUUUCCCCUUUUUACUCCAGUGGUGCUUGCAUUUCCUGACAACUAGCAUUGGGAUGUUACAAUUGGCACAGUGGUAAGUUGCAUAGUACUGCUCAAAUGUUCACUGCAUUGUCUUUGCGCCAUCCCUUGACUGCGCAGAAAAUGCAAGUGGUGGAUUCAGAUGGGAUUAAUAGAAGUGUUGGAGGCUUUGUGUUUGGGGUGGUAACAAAGAGCUCUGUUCAUCUUCACGAUAAGCACAAUCACUUAGAUCUAGAAUAGGACAAUCAGGAGAAACACAUCCAUUGGAAGGGAAUCACAUUUUAUUUCUGGCUCCAAGUGCCAGAAUUGACCCACUCAACCCACAAGACUCCCCAACUCUUCACUGUAGUGAUGAGCUAAAAGAAGGUAGUGUGGAUUUGGAGGGAAUAGGGAAAUCCAUAUGUCUGUUCAACCCCUCAAACAUACUGCAACUACUUGUCUUUGGCAGAUGAUUAGCUGAAAGCAGUGCAGUAAUGGCAGGCACUACUUUCAUUACUCACUAGAGCUCUGUGCACACUCACUAUGGUCUAGUUUGGUCACCUGUGUGAAGGUGACACCUAGAGACUCGCAAUCAGAAUUACAACAGUUUCUAAAAUACUCACAAGGGUUACAGACCAAAAAUAUUGACCAUCUCUUUUUACAGAUACUUCGUGAAAAUAUUUUUUUCUCAGCAAUUCCUGCGGUUUUUGUUUCAGAUUUCAAGCAUUUGCAAUUUUUAUCUUUUAUUUAAAACGCACACUGGUCAAUUGUUCAUUUUGGACACCGAUUAAUUUUCUCAGAGUGUGCCUUAUUCAGUGUGCAGGAGAAAGUAAUAGCCUUCCCUAGAAUCUAAAUAAAAAGGUACUCCAGGUUUGAUAGUAUUUACCAUUGUCUUAACUGAAGAAAUGAUCUUUCAGUCAGAAUAUUUUUAAGUAUUCUGAGAAUACAGUACUACAGUUUGUUCAGAGUGAAGAACUAAUAAACAAGUUAAUGAAGUAAAUAUGAGAAGAGAAAAUAGUCUUGGAAAUAUAAUUCAAAUAUCUAUUUUUUGUAAUAUUUGAUAAAAUAAUGCAACCCUCAAACUUUGGGCACAUAUUGACCAUGACUUUCCUAUCUAUAUUAUACAAUAUUCUUAUGAAUAGAGAUACUUUCCAACUGAUUUUGGGAAAUAUGAGCCUGGUACGUAACUGAGAUUUACAUCUUAUAAUGCCUAUCAUUCCCCUUUAGCAAUAUCCCAAAGCAUUUUACAGCCAAUAAUAGAUUUGGCUACACUAUUGUAAUGGGUAAAUGAGGUGGUUAGUUCAUGGGUAGCAAGCACUGACAAGCAGCAAUGUGCAAAUGACCAAGUAAUCUGAUGUAGAAACGUUGACUGAGCCACAAGUAUUAGCCAGAAGAGCAAGGAUAAUGCCACUGUAAUAACGUUACAGGAUCUUUUAAAAUCAGACGAGAAGGUAGUCAAGACUUCAUUUAAAACUUCAUUUGAAAGGCUGCGCCACGAAUAGAGCACAAGAGUGUUGUCUGUGAUUUUUGUGCUUGGGUAUCCAGAGUGGAACAUGGAACGUUUUGAUUCAGAGGUGGAACCAGCUGAUUAAUGAAUAAAGCCCAACAAGGUCAUCUUCUGCUCCUCUGAAAUAUCUUGAGAUUUUACUGCAUUGAAGGCAAUUUGAGUGCAAGUUGUAAACAGUAUGGGUAUAUGCUCCUUCUGUUGAUGAAAUGUGGGCAAAGACCUAGAUAAUGCACUUUAAAAGUUAUGUGAACUGUUGAUUUGCCAUACUAGUCUCAAAAGUUACAGAAUGUUUGUAUUGAGUGCAGU